AUGGCGUCGAGCGGAGCCGCGGCAUUCAAACUCCCGGAAGCAGGCGCUCGGGCGGGACCGGGUUCGAAGAGGAGCGGUAAAGCGGCUCCCCUCCGCGUCCCUCCCGGAGAGGUGGAAGGAAGGGAGGGGCGGCGGCGCCGUUGUUGCAGCAGCAGCAGCAGCAGCAGCCUUGACGCUGCCCUGUCCUCCCGACGCUCGCCGGGUCUCUCCACAGUUUCGCGACCACCCGAGGCUGAAAGAAAGCGGGUAAACGGAGCGGAGUGGGGGAGAGAGAGCUCGGCUCGGGAUGGGCGAAGGAAGGGGUGGCUUAGGGUCAGGGAGAGAAACGCGGGUCCCCAGAAUAUUGGGUUGGCUUCGCUGCUUGCACCUGCUCUGCUUUUCCAUAAGGCGCUCCAGGGGAGAGGGCGUUAUGCUUUUGUUAUUGCAGCAGGGACAAAACAGAAAUACUGUACAUGCAUGCAUGCAGUGCCGGAUUUACGUAUAAACUAAACAAGCUAUAGCUUAGGGUCUAUUCCCGUGGCCCCAAAAAAUUAUAAAGGAAAACAUGUGUUACUAAAGGAACUUCUGUUAUUGCCAAAUGCCAUUGUGUUUGCAUUAUUAAAUUUGUUGUGGAUAAAAAAAUCAUUUUACGUUAGAGCUUAAUCAUUAUGUCACUAUUAAUAUACUACUUCUCAGUUGUAUUUCACUAUUAAUAUACUUAUAUUAAUGUACUAUUAAUAUACUAUAUUAAUAUACUAUUAAUAUACUUAUAUUUCAGUUCAACAAUUACUUUAUUAAAAUACGUACUGUAAUUUGUUAUGCGCAAAUGGCUUUAGAUACCUAUUAGGUCCAGAAAUUACCAUAUAGCAUAUAUUCAACCCAAAAAACAGCAACAAUUUGUUGUUGACAAAGGACAGCUGGACAUAUAAAGGGCCACAUUACCUUCAGGAGCUUAGGGGCUCAUCAAACCUAAAUCUGGCCCUGUAUACAUCCACGGACCAAACACCUCUUCAGCACACUGAUGGUCCAGGAGGUGUGCGAUCUGCCUUAUCCAGUUUUUUGCCUGCCCACAUAGAGAAACCUCCUCCCAAUCCAUCUCUAUUUCGACUUGUCCGCUAGGCGUUUUCUAGCCACCUCAAGUUUCCUACCAAAUACAAUAAACGACCCUACUGUGCUGUGUGGGAGAUCUGCUAAAUCCGGGGUGGAUGGGUGUGAUUUCUCUCCUGGAGAUGAAAUGGCUGUAAUCUUUCCUCUACGGGACAAACAAUAGUUGAGGGGCCAGUUUUCAUUGGAGAAGUGGCACCACAGUGGGGGUUUAACAUGAUGGCUCUGAAGAAAUUUGCAGCCUCUUGCACCUGCACUACAUUUCCGGUUGUUGUUUUUUUAAAAAAUAACAAAGCGAAGCGUUAAGAAAAUAUGCCCGCAAGUAGUGAAGGGAAGGGGGAAAUAGACUACCGUAUUUUUCGCUCGAUAACACGCACCCGACCAUAACACGCACAUAGUUUUUAGAGGAGGAAAACAAGAAAAAAAAAUUCUGAAUGAAACAGUGGAUGUAUCAUUUUUGUGCUUCAUGCUGUGGCCACAGACAUGUGAUUUGAAGGUGAGUUUGGGGUAGCCCAAUGCAAAAAUCCUGAGAAUCCAUGUGGAUCUGUGCUUUGUAACCACGUUUUGCGCCAUUGCAGCCCCAGGCAACAGUGGGUGCGUGAUUUUUUUGGUGCAGGCUGUAGCCAUGGACAUGCUAUGUGAUCUGAUGGUGAAUUUGGGGUGACCCAAUGCAAAGAUCCUGAGGAUCCAUGUGGAUCCGUGCUUUGUAACCACGUUUUAAGUGGGGAGGGAAGGAAAAACAUAGAAGGGACAAGGAGCACCGAGAGGGGUGUGCAGAGAAGCAGCUGGCUAAGAAUGCAGGAGAGGGGUUUUACCGGAGGGAGGAAAGGAAGGCAAAAGUUCCCCCACCCACCCAAGCCAGCCAGCUCUCUCUCUCUCUCCCCCACCUGCAUGUUGCCUGCGAGUCCCUAGACGCAGCAGCAGCAGCACCGGAGCACAGCACGGAGAGGAAUUAGAAGGAAGGACGCUCUGCUUUCCCCUCUGCUUGCCUGGAGGGGAGGGGUUUUCUCUGCUCUUUGUUCCGUUUGAGCAAACACAGUAACGAAACAGAAGAGGGUGGGCAGUAAGACCCUGAGGCAGAAUGCAGGAAAGCAACAGCUUUCUCUCGGGAGGCUCCAAUGCACGUGUGGCUGCCUGCAAUCACCACACCGAGAAUGAAGAUAAACUGGUAAAAUAAGGGGGCUGGGUUAAAGCUAAAGGGAAAACCUCAAAGAUCCCUCAAGAACAAGGCAGGGGUUCAGGGCUCCCAAAGCCGAGCUGCAGCCUUAGAAGGGAAAAAUGGGGCUUUCGGAGGUGGUUUUUACUGCCCCGCUGCUUCCAAUUUUUUAAAAGGCAAAUUGCAGGAGAAGAUGCAGCAGUCAGUCACUCUUUCACUCCCUCCAAGCACCCACGCUAGCGAACAAACACACAGGCAACCACACACUCACAAAGCACACACACUAGCAAACACACAGUCGCGCUGCACACACAAUCAAGCGAUCAGAGUGGCCAAACCUCCUAGCAAGCACUUCUCUGGCUUCUGCUGACCGCAACGAAGACGACCCUUGAAGAAAAUGUGUGAUGCACUCGGGCCAGUCGGCUCCAGGGACCACACAUUCGCUCAAUAACACGCAUAGACAUUUCCCCUUACUUUUUAGGAGAAAAAAUCUGCGUGUUAUAGAGGGAAAAAUACGGUAUAUUGUGCUUGAGCUUCAGAUGGGAGAGGGAUCUGAUGCUGGGAGUAGCAAGCUACAUAAAAUAUCUGAUGCCUGAUUUUAGUACCUAUCGUACUUUGUAAGGUUGUAAUGCACCCUGGAGCUUCUGGUAGGCAAGACAUUCUAAUGACAAUAAAUCAUAAUAAUAAGGCAAAUGCUUUGAGGUGUUACAGAAGGCAGCAAAUUGUUAUUUAAGUGAAUUACUACUGUGUUGUUAUUGCCAGGGAUGAAGGGGAAGUACUUGUGGGAUUUUGUGCCCCAGGUAUCAGAAUAACUUGACUAACUUGCAUACUACUGUAUUUUUCGCCCUAUAAGACGCACUUUUUCCCCUCCAAAAAUGAAGGGGAAAUGUGUGUGCGUCCUAUGGGGCGAAUGCAGGCUUUCGCUGAAGCCUGGAGAGCGAGAGGCAUCGGUACGCACCGACCCCUCUCGCUCUCCAGGCAUCGGUGCGCACCGACCCCUCUCGCUCUCCAGGCUUCAGGAAGCUAUUCGCAAGCCUUGCGAGCCCGGAGGAGUUCCUGCGGGCUCGCAAGGCUUGGGGGCAGCAACCUGCAGCCCGGAGCACGGGGCGCACUCCGGAGGACGCUUCGUGCUUCGGGAAGGUGUCCGCAAGCCUCGCGCGCCCGCGGGAGGUCCCGCCAGGCGCUCGAGGCUUGGGGCGGCAGCCUGCAUCCCGAAGCACGGGGCGACCUCCGGAGGAUGCCCCGUGCUUUGGGAAGGUGUCCGCAAGCCUCCCGCGCCCGGCGGGAGGUCCCGCCGGGCUCGCAAGGCUUGCAGGCAGCAGCCUGUUCUGGGGGCUGGGGUCGGGGGAAGCUCGGGCUUCCCCCGCCCCAGCCCCGCGCCGGGGGGGGGGAAUAAUUUUUUUACUUUAGUUCCCCCCCCCCCCACAAAAAAACUAGGUGCGUCCUAUGGGGCGGUGUGUCCUAUGGGGCGAAAAAUACGGUAUACAGCUUGAUAGGGGGAUUUUGCUGGUGGCAAAAUGUAUUGUGCCAGCCAUUCUCUCAGAAGUCUACUAGAAGUUUCAUAUAAUAAUAAUUUUACAGUAUAUAAUAAAAUGUAUUAGUCCUUAUGACCUUUCAGUAUUUACUAUUUCCUUUGUGCCAUAUUUUCCAAGCAUCACAUGAUGUGGCAGACACAGCUGCAUUUUUUAUAUAUUCCGUUGUAAUGUUUUGUUGCAGACUAACUAAGUAUUAUAACUGUAACAGGGAUCAUAAAUAUUUCAGUUUGGUUUUUUUGCAGUUAUGUUGUUGUUUCUAACUAUCAGCCCACAAAUUCUACACAUUUUUAAUUUUGCUGCUCUUAACUUUGGAAGGAGCACUGCCUAUUUCAGUGGAAAUAUUAUGUUCUUUGAAUGGGGAUUUUUGUUCUAUUCAAAAUGUUUGUGAGUCAAACUUACUGCUAUAAUCCUGUUUUAUGCAUGUUUGGGACCAAGUGUGGUAUUCAAUUAAACAUUUGUGCAAAAGGAUUAGUUGUCACACAGUGGUACUUCCUCCUCCCCCCCCCCCCCCGCCAACCUUUCCUCCCUUGUGCACCCUUCAUUGCCUCCAAAUCUGCUUUAGAGGAUUAGGGGAACUCCAGAAUAGAUUUAGGGAGGGGAGAAGGAGAGAAUGUUCCUUUGCCCAGUGUGAAAUCCUAGCAUUGAAGGAAAGUUUUCCAUAGUGCUACACUGACUACAGCUCUAUGGCUCCAAAUUUUUAAAAUAAUUUCUAUAGAGGAAGUCCCAGUGAAUUUGGUUAGACUUCUGAGUAAGCUUGGUUAAGAUCAGGCUGAAAGACGAGUUAUUCAGCUUAUUUAAUGAGACUUGAAUUGAGGCUUUAUUACAAGCCACUUGGGACACUGCAAGGAAACAUACAUAAUGCAAGGACAGAAGAGGCUGUUCCUUCAAUGGUACCUGGUUAUUUAUAUAUUUUUAGAAAAUCUGA